AGGGCUCAAGGAUCUAGACGCGUCCACUGUCCAGCCGACCCAUGGCAGACACGCGGCUAUUCAGGUACACGUGGGGCGAUGAAGGCUUGGGCCAGGCGCUGCUCAAUGCGCUCCGCUGGUCCCGGCAGAUGGUGGCAUGGCAGCUGGCGGUGGAGCUGGAAGCCGCCAAGGAUGAUCCCCGAGCUGUGAGGCUUGAAAUGCGUACAGAGGACGAGUGCCUUGAUUGGCAAUUUGCCAGUGCAACAGCCACGCUGGACUGGCUGAUGAGAAGCUUCCCAGAGGAAGCCAAGAGGAGACCGCCGCCUCCGGCCAGCUACAGCUUGUUCCCAUUUCCAUCGUUGUCCACGUGCAUCACGACCACGGCACAGGACGACCACGAGCUCGAAGUUACGGAGCGGCCGCCAGAGGCACCUCCGAUGGAGGCACAGGAGCCAACGCCUGAAGCUGACGAAUAUGAUCCCUCCAGCCUGCUGGCAGAGGAGGACAUUCAGGCCAAGUACAUGUGGGCAGAUGCCCGCGUGCUGCCCUUCACCCGGGACCUCGCGCAGCGCAACCCCCUGCGCUGGAGCAGCAGGCUGCGGCCCGAGGCCCUGGCCCGGCAGCUGGCGCAGCAGAAGGAAAUUCGACCCGUGCAGCUGGAGGCCGACUGCGCCAAGGGCAUCUACCAGCGUCGCUUCCAAAGCCCGCAGAGUUGUGUCCACUGGCUGCGCAAGAGCUUCCUUCAUGACCUUGACCGCCUUGAUGAGGAAAGACUCUGUAUCAUUUGCCUCACGGAGCCGCGGACUGUUAUGCUGAUGCCUUGCCGCCACGCGGUGCUUUGUGAAGGCUGCCUCGAGAUUCUGUUGCAGCAGAGGAACUGCAGCUGCCCGGUUUGCAGGAAGCGCAUCCAGAACCAUGCGUUGGGCCAGUUCGUGAAUGAUUUUGUGGAUCGACGCGACGCAGCGAUGCUGACAUUGGCACGAAGUCAAGCGGAGGUCUACAAAGGCAUGUACAACCAUGUCCGGCCUUUGAUGGUCACGGGCGCAUUGUUGGCCUCGGGGGCGGCAGCAAGCUUUGUGGUGGCCCCGGUUUUCGCACCGGCGCUUCUGACUUCUGCGGCUGUGAUAGGUUAUCUUCCAUGGUUCGCCACCACGGUGGCCCAGUUUGAGGAAGAGGACAUUGGAGAGCAGACGCGGAUGUUUACGGAGGAGGACAUGUGCAGCCCGCUGAGAUGUGCCUUGAAAGGGGCUGUCAUCCUCGUCGCUGCGCCCGUGGCUGCCGUUGUGUUCUUCAUCCCUUAUGGCCUGUACGCUGGAGUGGUGAGGCCCUUGGCACGACUCACCUGCCAAGGUCUUGUCAACGGUGCCUGCAUGCUGCACGUCUACUGCCUGCGGCCAGCUGCGCGAUUGUUGGCUCAUCUCGGGGCAGAGUUGUGGGACGGCGCCGUGGCGUGCGGGAAUUUCCUGGCAGACAUCACUGGCGCAGCAGCGCAGACCUUCUAUGACUGGGUGCUGGCCCCUGUGGGUUCUGGCCUCCGAUGGUGCGGGCGUCAGCUCGUCAACGGGGCCCAAGUGCUGCAUGAACAGAUGCUGCUUCCUUUGUGGCAUGGCGCCACCAGUGCAGCUGAAUGGACGUACCACAACAUCUUGCUGCCGUCUGCCCAGUGCACUUGGUCUGGGCUGAAGGCGGCUGGUGGCUUUGUCGCCGACUGUGCGGUGGGAUUGUACAGCCACGUCCUGGCCCCGGCGGCCACCACGAUUGGGGAAGCUCUCAAAGCUGCGGGUAACCUGAUGGCGUCCGGCGCCGAACAUCUCUAUGGUUAUGUCUUACGACCACUGGCUGAAGCUGUGUACAGAUACCUACUUCUACCCAGUGGCCGUGCACUUCAGGCGCUUGCCUACGCUACCGCAGACGCUAUAUCCAGGCUGGCAAGCGGCUUGGCCAACGGGGCUGUUGCAUGCUAUGGCUACGUGCUAGUUCCCACCUGGAAUGCCAUAGCCUCUGCAGCGCGCAGUCUGGCAUAUGGCGUGGCCGAAGCGGCUGCCGCGUGCUAUGGGUAUGUCUUGGUUCCCACCUUCAAUGCUGGAAAAAGCCUGCUGCUGGGUAUUGGCUAUGGUGUGGCUUCAGCUGCCAGCAUGGCUUACCACUAUGCCAUCGCGCCUAUUGGCCGUGGGCUCGCGUGGUCUGCCUCGGCCAUCGGUCACGGAGUCGCCGCUGCGGCUGUGGCAUGCUACGAGUGUGUGCUGCUUCCAGUCCUCAAUGCAGGACGGAUCGUCGUGGUGAGUAUUGCCUCUGGUGUUGCUACGGCAGCCAGCUUGACCUACGAGCAUGCAAUUUUGCCCCUUGCCUCAGCUGUUUGCGCGGCGGGCCAUGGCACCUACUGCUAUAUCAUCCUUCCUUGCGGUCGCGCAGUCGUCCACUCAGCCUCCGUCGCUUCCGGAAUGGUCAUGGCGGCAGGCAGUGUAAUGGUGCACGUCACGGUAUCGGCUGGGAACGAGAUCUAUGUGCAGGAAAGCCACAAUUUCUCGCUUUCAUGAUUGAAUCGUAGCCCUUCCGCGGCUUCCGCGAGUACAUAUACAUGAGAAGCCCCUUCCGCGAACCUUGCGCGUCGCUUCCGUCCUGGUGCCAGCCGGCCAGGCCUCCCGCGCCUGCGGUGCCGCCGUGGGCGCAGCCUUCCUGCAGUGCCGCGCCGCGGCUGCGGCCACGGGCCACACGGUGCGCGCGACCUUCCGUCAGAUCCUGCGAGCCUAAGGCUCCAGGGCUCGUGUGGUUUCCAUUUUGAAAUUUCCGGAACAGGUUGUACAGGUCUGUUCAUCGUUCUAAAGAAAGUGUCACUUUCAGCAUAUCUUACAAAAUGCU